AUGGCCUCUCAGCCCCAGUUCGGCAUUGCCUGCAAGACGUGUCGCCGAAGAGGUCGCAAGUGCGACCAGACUCUGCCCAAGUGUAUGAGAUGCGGUGUCGAAUGUGAGGGUUACCCUCUACGUUGGGUCGGCCUGGCAGCUAGGGGAAGAAUGGCAGUACGAACAUACCAGUCUGUUGCUGAUGAUUCUGCCCCACGAAAACAGCAGGCCUCAGUUAGCUUGAUUUCGAAAAACGGCGACUCCAACGUUGGAGUCGAUCAGCAACUGAGCGAUGUGAGGAAUUUACACCUUUUCCCUUCACUGCGUCGACCUACAUGGACAAUGCCUGCCACUCUACGCCUUCUCGAUGGCCUACAGGUCUUCAUCAAAUAUUACGAACGCGACAUCAGCACAGCCUUCUACUUGGGACAUGGACCUGCGGAAACCCCAUACACGCACCAUAUACUACCAAUGGCCAAGAACGUUCCUUGCAUUCGCUAUGCUGUGGCUGCGACGGCGUCGUGCCAUAUGGGUAACAGACUUCAAAACAAGAGGUUCAAAAUACAAAGUCUCCAAUUACGGCUGGAGGCCACGCAGGCACUACGACAACAACUGAUAAAUGACGCCGAGCAAACAGACAUUUCUCUUAUCGCCUGUAUGAUAUUACUUGCCCAGCUCGAUCUCUGCUCUGGGGACUGCCUGGAAUUUGGAACCCAUUUAAAAGCAGCAAGUGACAUUGUGAAGCGGCAUGGUUCUGAUGGAACUGAUCGCGGCUUUUUUCAACAACGUCUUGCAUGGCUGGAUAUCAUGGGCGCCACGACAUCAUCUCGAAUGCCGCACCUGAAGCCUGAGCAUGUCCAAGCCUCCUUGAACAAAUUCAAAACCCCGUCGGGUCGCAAAUGGGGAUUCGACGUGUUCGACUGCCCUAUUGAUUUAUUUGAAUACAUUGCAGACAUUACUGUAUUGCAUAAGCUGUAUACUUCUUCACGAAUCCCAUCCGAUAACGCCUUGAGAAAAGCCAUAGCCCUCGGCAAUGCUACAAGGACAUGGAAUGGUUCUGGUAUGCUGUCAGAUCAACGACAAGACAUGGUCGAGAUUUGGAGACAUGGGAUUUUACUCUACCUCGUUCGUUUAUUCCAGCUAUCGGACGAGAUAUUAAAUACUUCGGAUUUACUAGACAAUGUCUUUUCGAGGGCCAGAAAACUAUCAUCAGAGAUGGAACGGAAAUUCUCAACGUCAUGGCCGUUGUUUCAAGCAGGUUUAUGUCUACGUCGGGAAUCUCAUGAACGGAAGCAAUGGCUGCGAAACGAAUUCGCAAGCCAGUUUAGGACACUUGGAUGUUGGAAUCCAAAACUUGCAAUCGAUGUGUUAGCAAAGUUUUGGCAGACCGGCAAUAAGCUGAAUCUUGAAUUGCAGACGCUGCUGUUUUAG